AAUUAUUUUUGACAAAUUUUCCUUUCCAAACUCCAAAGCUAUUCGACGAGCACUCUAAAAUCUCGUUAAACCCCUCCAGAGGAGAUUCAGUUCCAAACAAAUCGGACCAAUUUUUCUUCCAAUGUUGAAGACGAAGCUUCGAACUUCACUUUUCGCCGUUCUACGCAGCAAUUCAGCUCUCUCUUCCGCCAUUAAUUUCCCAAAUGUUUCUAAUUCGGCUCUGUCAGCCCAAAUUUCUUCAAAUCCACAACUUCCUUCCACCGCUGAAUGCUCUCGACCAUGGCGAUCCACUGCAUGUGAAUUGCUCGAUAAUCUCAGGUUUCCCUCGAGGUGUUUUUGCUCCCGGUCGGUGGAGGCGUCGGACCUGAAACCCAGGUGCUGGAAUUGUGGCACUUUGGCUCCAACGUCGGCGGUGUUUCUGGUGUGUGAUUCUUGUCGGAGCAUUCAGCCCGUGGACCAGUCGGUGGAUUAUUUUCAGAUAUUUGGAUUGGAAAAGGAGUAUGAAAUUGGAGAUGUCAAUCUGGAGAGCAAGUAUAAAGAUUGGCAGAAGAAAUUACAUCCCGACUUAGUUCAUUCUAAAUCAGACAAAGAAAGAGAAUAUGCUGCUGAACAAUCUGCUCGAGUGAUCGAUGCUUACCGUACUCUUAGUAAGCCGUUGUCAAGAGCAAUAUAUAUUCUGAAACUCGAGGGUGUAGAUGUCGAUGAGGAGGAUACAAUUUCUGAACCAGAGUUGCUAAAUGAGAUUAUGGAAAUCAGGGAAGCUGUAGAAGAUACAUCUGGAUCUCAGGGAUUAAACCAGAUUCAAUCACAGAUGCAAGAGAAACUAAAUCAUUGGUCUAAUACAUUUGCAAAAGCGUUGCAAAACCGGAGAUUCAAUGACGCUGUCUCGUCCGUGCAGCGAAUGACAUACUACGAGCGAGUGAAAGAAGAAAUUACAAAGAAGCUUUAGUGCAGGAGGUAUAAUACAUGGAAGCACCGUGUAUCUCUUGGAGAAAGUUUUGAUUGGUUAUAAGUCAGAAAUAACAAAUGAUUCAAUCUUUAUUUACCUCUUUAAAAACUUCCGCAUAUUUCAGUUUUUUUUAGUAUUUAAAAGAUUCAUAGGUCGCUGGUUAAUAUUCAAGCCGGGAGUAAAAUAUUUCAUAUUAAUUUUGUAAUUCUUAUGUUGCUCAAUCUCACUGCAUCAAUAAAAAGACAGACAAUCAGGAAUGUUAAA